UAUUCACAUUUACUAGUUUUUUUUUUAAGACAUUUUAAUUUUUAAUCUGGUAAAAAACAAUAUUAUAUAAUUAAGUAUUUAUUAUAUUGGUACAUACCUGUGUGCAGAUUCUUUCUGUCUUUCGAUAGGCCAUAUAAUAUACGUAAUAUAUCAAUCGAUCAACAGCCAAUAAGCAUAAUUUGAUAAUAUUGUUUUAUUCAAAUUUUACCCAACUCAGUUGAUACCUAUUCAAAUUAAAAGAUGAUUUAUUCGACUCGCCUCGGAUUUUCGAAAAGUCUGUUAGCUUUCAAACGAAAUCUUUCGACCGCCAGCAUGGACGACGUGCUGUUCGAAGUAAAAAACGACGUGGGCAUCAUCACGUUGAACAGGCCGAAAGCGCUGAACGCCCUAAACUUGUCGAUGGUGGCCAAGAUCAGGCCAAAACUGAAGGAAUACGAAUCGCAGGUACGAAUGGUGAUCGUCCAGGGUGCCGGCGGCAAGGCGUUCUGCGCGGGCGGCGACGUGAAGUCGAUCACCGAGAAGGGGGUGGGCGCCGCGUCGCUCGAUCUGGGCGCCAACUUCUUCCGGAAUGAGUACUCGAUGAACAGCGCGAUCGGCAAGUACAAAAUCCCGUACGUGUCUCUGAUCGACGGCAUCACGAUGGGCGGCGGCGUCGGCAUAUCCGUGCACGGCAAGUACAGAGUGGCCACCGAGCGGACACUGUUCGCCAUGCCGGAAACGGCCAUCGGGCUGUUCUGCGACGUGGGCGGCAGUCACGUGCUUUCCAGGCUCGACAGGAACUUGGGCGUCAUGUUGGGCUUGACCGGAUGUCGACUGAAGGGCAGCGACGUCGCCAAGGCUGGCAUCGCCACGCAUUUCGUACACAGUUCCAAGGUGGACGAUCUCCGGUCCAAGCUGAUCGAGGACGUCCGGGAUCCGGGAGUCGUGCUCGCGGAGAACACGGAAGACCUGGGUGGCGUGGAGUUCUCCAUGGCGCCGUUUGCAGAGAAGAUCGAUUCGAUAUUCUCGCACGAGAGAGUGGAGGCGAUCGUGGACGCGCUGAAAGCGGACGGUUCGGAGUGGGCGCAGGGGAUGCUCAAGUCGCUCAACGAGGUCAGUCCCACGGGUCUGAAAAUCACUCGAAAAGAGAUCUUGAAAGGAAAAAACCUCAGCCUGGACGAAUGUCUGGUAAUGGAACACCGAUUGGCGUACAGGUGCGUCGAAGCCAAACACUCUGCAGACUUUUUCGAAGGAGUCCGAGCACUGUUAAUCGACAAAGACAAGAACCCAAAAUGGUGUCCAGCUUCGUUGGAAGACGUGAAAGAUGAAAUCAUUGACACAUAUUUCGAACCAUUACCAACAGAUAAAGAGUUGCAAUUAUCGUAAAUAAAUAUUGAAGAAUAUUAUUUAAGUAUAAAUUAUAAUUUACUUAUACGAUUGUUUUUUAUAUAUAUAUAUAAUAUGUGUGUGUGUAUACACAAACAGAUUAAAGUACAUAUUUUUUUAAUUUAAAAAUUUUA